ACCAUAGAGUUAAACUACUUGGCGUGUGAAAUGUGAAUCUGUAUACUGUAAAUGUUAAAUAAUACGGUGCCGUGCCGUGUCUAAAAUUAAUUAAUUAUGUUGUAUUAGGAUUUAUGGAUUAAGAGUUGAAAACUAUAUCAACUGAAAAUACUAAGGCGAGGAAAACAUUCUAAUAUAGUAUAAUACCACAAAUUUAACAACUAAGCGUAUAUAACGUGGGUUCCGAGUUCUGAUUCAAAAUGGCAAAUUGCAUAUUGGCAAAGGUAGGUCAACUACGAUUUCUUCCGGUAACAAAUCUAUUACAACCAUACCGUACAACCACAUCAAAACAUUAUAACCCCAAGUUUAAGAAGCUUCGUAAAGAAAAAUUCCUUAAACUAAAUAUUCCGGACUAUAAUGAGGAUAUUGAUAACCUUCCUGAAGAAAAAGUCAGACAGAAAAUGAAAGAGCGUGGCUUGCUUCCUACUAGACCUUGGAAUGACAGACCUUUUUACAUUUCAGCGACAGGUGGUGUAUUUGAGGCAUACAUCCCACCAGAGGGUGAUGGAAAAGCCUCCAUAGUAUCAACUACAAGAGCAAAACAAACUGUAGAGCUACUUGAAAAAAAAUCUAAAUCAAUGAUGGCAAUACGUAAAGUUAAAUCUUUUGAUGAAGAUUUUGACACCAAAGAAUUUUGCCGGAUAGCUCAAGAUAUUUAUGUUAAGGCACAUGAAAGUCUUGUUAAUGAUGAUAGGCAUGCCUUGAGAACAUAUGUUACAGAGAAGGCAUAUCCUGAAUUUCGGCAUAAUUCAUUUGGAAAGACAAUAAGAUGGAAGUUUUUGGAAUCACUUGAGCCACCUAGAGUAGUUCAUGCCAGGUGUACAGAUGUUAUUAGCAAAGAGAAUAUAUUUGGACAGAUCACUGUUCGCUUCCACACUCGUCAGCAGUUGUCUGUCUAUGACCGUUUUGGAAGACUAUUACAUGGUAGUGAGAUUCUUGCUAAGGAUGUCUUGGAAUAUGUUGUAUUUGAGAAACAUUUAUCCAAUGUUUAUGGUAAUUGGAGAGUUCAUGGGAAAAUAAUACCAGAUUGGGCACCACCUAAAGACCCUUCCAAACUAACAAGAAUAAUACCAGAAGAGAAGACAGUUGUGCCAGAAAAAACUGACAGUGAAGAAACCCCAGUUGUAGCUGAUAAGUAGUUAAUAAACCAUACAAUAU